UUUCUGUUCCGUUGGAUUUUCUUGAUUGUUUGCUUUUUUUUAAUUUGUUCUUAGGUUUUUGGGUUUCUCUUCAUUUUGUAUAAAUUACAGUUUUAAUUAUCAAUUAAUAUAGUGAUAGUUGUUAAAGUUUUAAAGUGUAUUUGAUUUUGUUAAAUCCAAACAAAAAUGGAUCGCUUUGUAACGCGAGCACCAACAUGGAAAACCCUCGAAAUGUCUUCAUUUUCGCGCAGUUUUGCCAAUGUCUCGCUUACUGGCAAAAAAUCCACACCAAAAGAAGAUAAAUCUAAAGUCUCCAAAUUAAAAUCAACAUCCGAUAAAAGACUGAGCAUUCGUGAUGAAAAUUUAUUAAAAAUCAUCUCUAGCCAAGCCGAUGAGCCUUUGAUGGUCGCAUCGACUUUAUUAAAACAUUUAUCACCAACUACAGACCGCUUCAAUGGUAGCUUUGGUGGCAAUGGCAAUACGUCGGCUGUUGCUGCUGCUGCUGUCAGUGAUAAGAACAACGUCUGUCUCAUUCCUAUCAACGAUGAGAACACUCCGCCUCCAAAUGCCCGAAUCAACUUCAAGGACCAGCAAAAGCUGGAUGUUCUGUAUAAUAGCAAUAGUGGUGGCGGGAAGAACGGUUCACGGCCGUCAACUCCAAUCAACAAUAUGAUACCAUCAAAUUUGGGCUCAUGCACACCAAAAGAUAAUCCGUUUAUGGCUCGAAUCCAGAGGGAUUUGAAUAGUCCUUCGGCUGCUACUAGAGUGCGAGCAAUAAAAGCUUUGAGAAGUCCAACAAAGUCAGCUUAUGGGAAUUUUGAUAUACCUCAUGAGGAACAAGAUAUAAUUACGGAGGAGGAACGUAGUAAGUCGCCAGUGAAGAUCAAGAGCAUUCAAGAACUGAUGAAGGAUGUUGUUGUGUAUGUUGAAGUAAGAACUGGUGAGGAUAAUCGUUCGUCGGGUGUGAAAAAAGUGAUCUCAGCUCUGGGAGCAAAAGUAAACGACAAAUUGUUGAGAGACACAACUCAUGUGGUAUUCAAGGAUGGCCUUCUAUCAACAUAUAAUAAAGCUAAAAAAUGGAAUAUUCCUAUUGUGUCGAUUCUGUGGAUUGAGGCGUGUAAAAAACAAAUGAGACUUAUGGCUCCAAAGGAUUUUCCCAUAUCGAAUGCAGAUCGUUAUGAGAAUCCAGAACUUUAUGAUAAAAUGAAGCGUUACAAAUCUAUGCAACCUGAUGCCGAAGAUAAUCGACGAGCAAAAACAAAGGCUCCUACGAAAGAAAAUGGACUUAAGUCCAAAGCAAUACCAGCGACGGCACCUGCAAUCACACCAACAUUAAAUUCAGCUAAGAAAAAGACUGAUAUAACUCGGUUCUUAACUCAAUUGGACUCAAAGAAAAUUGGAACUCCUAAAAGUUCUGCCGUGGAAGCAUCACCUUCUACUCAAAUGUUGCAAAGAAUCAAUGAAACCUUUUGCACUCCUAAAACACCCAGCAACUCCCUGCAAAAGUUGGCAUACCUUGACACGGUAUCAAGUUUGUCUGAUACCAAUGAACCAACAUCCCAAUCGGUUGAUGCAAAGAAAAUGCUUGAUUUUGUUAAUGAAGAGAGCAUACCUGCUACUCCUUCUACAAAGAAAACGCCUGGCCGUCCUCGCCGCAAUUCAAUACAAGUAUCACAAACUCCAAGCAAAAAUAUUAAAGUUCCUGAGGUUGCCACACCUGAUGUAACUAUCGCGGAAACACCAGGUGUUAGAACUCGUAGACGCAGUUCUAUUCACAUUCCAGCUAAAAUGAGCAUCGUCGACAAAGAAAAAGAAAAAUUGUCCAAAACCACAUUCAACAGCAUUUGUGAAGAAAUAUCAGACAAUACAAAGCCAGAAGUCGAAAAACGACAAACUACUUUCACAGAACAAUCUGUGGACAUGACUAGAAAAAAUAGUGAGAUUGCUGCUACAACCAGCACUCAGAAAAAUCGCAGGCGCACUUUAUAUACCCCAAAUACAAUGGAAGAAAGUAGGUUGCAGUCAAUCAAACCAACACCCUCGGCAAGUAAGAGACGAACUAUUUUUGCCACAUCAACUCAUAAGGCCUUUGACGAUACAAGUAUCUCUGGACUAGCACCAAUUACUCCAAUUGGCAGUGGUGUUCCAUGUUCAACACUUAUUGUAGAUGAUUUGGCUAAGACACCGGUGCAAUAUCCAUCUUUGUUGGAAGAACAUGCAUCUGCUACUAUUUUCAAUUCAGCAAAAACCCCAGCCAAUCCUCGUCGUCGAACCCUUUUUGAUGUCUCCAUGGAUAUUAUUAGUCAACGUUUGCAAAACAUAAAUCAAUCAGCUAAAUCGGUUCGGGUUGGGCGAUUAGAUGACCAAAGUAUCGAUAUUCGAAGUUCCCAAGAUGAUCCAGAAAUUAUUGCAACACUCCUUACUCCAACAGAAAACAAUAACAAACUCAUUCGUAAAGAACUUUUUGUUGAAAAGGAGGCAUCAGUGCAAAAUCAGGUCCCUAUAGCUGAUGUACCAUCGCAAACUGCUAUAGAACCAAUUCCAACAACACCCAUAGAAGUUGUUACGAAAAAGAAGAGGAAACUUUUUGUACCAAAUGAUAUUCUCCUAACACCAACAUCCUCACAAGAAGAUAGCACAGCUAUGUCAAAAAGAAUACUGAGUCCAGCUGCAUCGACGGUUUCUACUCCCGCCACCCAAAAGCGACGCAAAACAAUUAUGCCAACCUUGACGCAGCCAAAAACAGAACAAAAAAAAACUGCUCCAAAAAUCAAUGGUGCCCGAACAAGUCGGCGCAGUACAAUGGACUUUGAAGCAAUCAAAAAAGCAAAGUCUGUGAUCAAUCAAAAGCCUUCGGCUGGAACAACAAAGUCAACAAACGAUACAACAACAAGCACUGCUAGCAAACCUAAACCAUAUCCGUUUCUAGUCUAUACGAACAUGCACACCGAGCAGAUCGAUUUUAUCAAAGAGGCAGUAUCAAAACUUCAAGGAUUUCAACUUGAAAGCAAUGUUAGCGAUAAUACAACUCACAUAGUCAGUCUUGAGCCACGUCGUACAUUCAACUUGCUUCGAGGUCUUGUACGUGGCUUAUGGAUUGUCAAUUAUAACUGGGUAGUUGAUUCUGUUAAAGCUGGCCAGUGGUUAAAUGAAGAGCAAUAUGAAAUGCAGGAAUUUUCUAGUGCAGUUGAGAUUUGUCGUUCUCAAAGGCAAGCUUUUGGAACUCAUUACAAAAUGGAUAUAUUCUCUGCUUUAGGGCCAAUGUUCAUCUCUUCGAAGAGCACUAUUCCAAAAAAUAAUCUUUCGGAACUAAUAACACUUUGCGCAGGUCGCGUUGUAGAUAACCGUAAACGGGCAAAAUAUAUCAUCGGAGAUUCUAGUCCAAAUCCGGUAGCUGACAAAAUCUAUGUUCAACCCCAGUGGAUACUGGAUAGUAUAAGUAAUAAUUCAAUUCAAAAAAUAACAAAAUAUAUUGUUAAUGCAUCGACUGAACAAGAGGUAGCAAAUUAGAAUGCAUAAGUGCAGAAAAAAUGGCCUUUAAUAUUUACACAAUUUUGUAUAAUAAAUGUUUUUCAAAAACAA